GAACAGCAGGAGAGAGAGCACAGCCGUCGUUAUACGGAUGAUCCCAGGCAGCGGCUGGCUGGUGCAAAAUUAGUUUGUUUAAACAGCUCGACCUGUUUUGAUGCAUUUGCUCGCUCUUCCCGCUUCAUGUGCAAUUAAUUAGACCUCCCUUUAAAUUUCCAGCAUCUUAUGUGUGUUAUAGCGACUUAUCGGAGACAUUUUGAGUUAUUAAUCCAUCUUCAGUCGCGCGUGGAGAGUGUACGCUGUCUGAGAAGACACUUUUGGUACCCUUUGGAUGGGAGGUUGGCGCGGAAGGCAGUCGGUCAGUGAUUGUGUGGAUUAAACGGGGAGGAAGUAACGUUACUUGUAAAAGUGCGGUGGUGAGAAGGUCUCUGUUGAGAUUUGAUUUGACUUCUCGGGUUUAAUGCGGACGAAAGCUCGCGCUCGAGCGAGGUGCGUCGACGGGCGGGAGGAGAAUGGCACGAGCUUCCGAGUAUCUGAGGGGAAAACAAGUACUUGGCUUUCUUGAGGGGCGUCGGGCACAUUGCGUAGGAAUUUGACUGUCCCUCAGGGUACGUUUUUCGGGAUAUUUGUCCGUUACGUCGAAAGGAGAAAAAAAACCUUAUUGGAUUUUAGUGGCUUUGGAUAUGUGCUUUGGGGAGUUGGAUGCCUUCAUAUCGCACGCACCUUUGAAUUUAGUGUGAAUCCAGUGGAGCACAACAUGGGAAAAAAUGACAAGUGAGAAGAUUCGGUUCCUCUGACCCUCGGUGCUUCAAGCCGGACUGGCGUUCCUUCUGCUAGGUCAACACACAGUUGUUACAAACACAAUACACAUACAUGGUUCCUGCAUCCAGAAGCCUGUUUCUGUAAUGGGACGUUCCGAUGGAUAGAUAAAUAGAAAAAGGUGUAAAAAUGGAAAAACUGCUUGUCUGCUUGUUGGUUAUCGGAAUGGCAGUGAAGGCCCAGAUCUGUCCGAAGCGCUGCGUCUGUCAAGUUUUAUCCCCCAACCUCGCAACACUCUGUGCCAAAAAAGGACUGCUCUUUGUUCCGCCCAACAUCGACAGGCACACCGUGGAGCUCCGCCUAGCUGAUAACUUUGUCACCAGCAUAAAACGGAAAGACUUGGCCAACAUGACCAAGCUGGUGGAUCUUACUUUGUCAAGGAAUACAAUAAGCUUCAUCACUCCACAUGCGUUUGCGGACUUGGAGAACCUACGAGCCUUGCAUCUAGACCACAACCGGUUGACGCGAAUAACCAACGAUACCUUCAGUGGCAUGUCUAAGCUGCAUCACCUGAUUCUGAACAACAACCAACUGACCCUCAUCCACAUGGGAACCUUUAACGACCUACUAGCCCUCGAAGAACUGGACUUAUCCUACAACAACUUGGAGACCAUCCCCUGGGAGGCCAUUCAAAAGAUGACCAGCCUACACACUCUUAGUCUGGACCACAACAUGAUCGAAUACAUUCCUGAGGGGACUUUUUCCCUCCUACAGAAACUCAACCGCUUGGACGUGACCUCCAACAAGCUCCAGAAGCUUCCACCGGACCCACUUUUCCAGCGGGCGCAGGUUCUGGCUACAUCUGGCAUAAUGAAUCCCUCCUCUUUUGCUCUGAGCUUUGGAGGAAAUCCUUUACACUGCAACUGUGAGCUUCUGUGGCUUCGGCGGCUCAAUCGCGAGGAUGACCUGGAGACCUGCGCCUCACCUUUGCACCUUUCUGGACGCUAUUUCUGGUCCAUCCCGGAGGAGGAGUUCCUUUGUGAGCCGCCCCUCAUAACCCGCCACUCUCACGAGAUGAGGGUCCUGGAGGGCCAACGGGUUGCUUUAAAGUGCAAAGCUAGGGGAGAUCCAGAACCUGCCAUUCACUGGAUAUCUCCCGAUGGGAAGUUGGUUUCAAACUCGUCUCGCACGCUGGUUUACAACAAUGGCACGUUGGACAUUCUAAUAAGCACAGUAAAGGACACAGGCUCUUUCACGUGCAUUUCCUCGAAUCCCGCUGGGGAGGCCCACCAGACCGUGGAGCUCAUCAUCAUCAAGCUUCCACACAUUAGCAACAGCACCAAUAACAUCCAGGAGCCUGACCCGGGCUCUUCUGACAUCUCCACUUCGACAAGGGCAGGAGCAAAUGGCGGCAACCACACUGGCGAUGCCAAGACCAGCUCCGAUAAGAGGGUGGUUAUGGCAGAAGCCACCUCGUCCACAGCACUCAUCAAAUUUAACUUCCAGAGGAAUAUACCUGGAAUACGCAUGUUUCAGAUUCAGUAUAAUGGAACCUAUGAUGACUCUCUUGUUUACAGAAUGAUUCCCCCAACGAGUAAAAACUUCCUGGUGAAUAAUCUGGCCGCCGGGACGCAGUACGAUCUCUGCGUGCUGGCCAUUUACGACGACGGCAUAACCUCCCUGACGGCUACGCGGGUUGUGGGCUGCGUGCAGUUUACCACUGAAUCUGAAUAUCUGCGCUGCCACUUCAUGCAAUCCCAGUUCUUGGGCGGCACUAUGAUCAUCAUCAUCGGGGGCAUAAUCGUCGCCUCCGUCCUCGUCUUCAUCAUCAUCCUCAUGAUCCGCUACAAGGUGUGCAACAGCGGCGACUCCACCAAGGGGACCUUGGUCACCGACGUGCACUCGCAAACCAACGGGGCACAAUCCCAGGGCUGUACUGUCACACCGUCUGUGUCCAAACAAGGUGCUUUGAGCUUGGAGGAGGGCGAGGGGUGUAAACAGAGCUCCGCCGUGCCUCUUCCUCCGCCUCCAGAUUCCCAAACCCACACCUCAGAAACCUCCAUCCCAGACUGCUCCACAUCCACUUCCCUGGUAAGCCAAAGCUGGACGACUCCCGGCUCUUCAGGAUCACUUAAGCCAAAGCGCAAACCAGCGCCAAAGCCUGUCCCAGUGGCCUGCACCGAGCCCAAAGUAGAGUCACUGCUGAAUGCAGAGACGCAAAACACCAACCGCAACAACUCCACCGCUCUUCAGCAGCCGGUCCCAACCCCUCCACCCCCUCCAUCCCGCUUCAAAGACACUCCGAUUUUAAGGAGGGCUUGUCCGUCUUCGUCCAAGUAUAUGACACUGCCCGUGGAAGGAGCACGGGCUAAACGCAGGUACUCUUUGAACGAGAACCUUUCGAAACAUCACUGCUACAUUGGCUCGCAGAAGAUGGGCAAUGUGUUUUGCAAGCGGAGUAUGUCCGUGAACGGAAUGCUAGUCCAAAUGGCAAACUCAAAUCUAGACAGUGAGAAAUCUGCAUUUUCCAGUUCAGAGUGGAUUCUAGAGAGCACUGUGUGAAUGUACGAUUGCUGGAAACAUGAUGGAGUGCCUGCAUCUCAUUGUGUACGUGCUUUUGUGUGUGUGUGAGGGUGUGUAUAGGAGCUCAUAGUAUAUAAAUGUGUGUGAUCGAAUGAAUGUGCACGUUUUGCACCAUUUCUUUUGUUUCCAUCCGCAAAUCAUAUUUUCUGCUGUCUUUUUAUUAAUGUUUUCUGGAAACCCAUGGAUUAAUGUGGAUAUUUGCCUUGAGGGUAGGUGUGAGAGCCACUCUGAGCAAGAUCCAUCAUCCGAGACAGACAUGCCUCCAUCUUCACUGCACACGCCGAGUGUUACGGUAAGAGGAAAGCAUCGGUGCCUUCCUGUGUCCUCUUACCAGGGGCUCCUACUGGACACGAGCUGUGUGUCAGUUACACGGAUGGAAGGAAACAUAAGAGAUUUCACAAAAAAGCCUUUCUAUUCAAGGAAAUGACAUUUCCUGCAUAUUAUAGAGGAAAAAAAAACAACUAUAUAAGGACUUGAUACUGGGACCUGUUAUUAAAUUGAUAUUUUUUAAAAAAUCAAAGCGUUUUCUUUUCUGUGACGUUGAUUUUGCCUUUGUUUUAAGGCAUAAAAAAACCAUGUACAGAAAGGCAACAUCUGCUGUGUUCUUAUGUUGUGUAAAAUAAUAAAAAAACAAAACUA